GCCCGGAAAGUUUCCUUUUAGGCCCGAAUUGGGGGUUGCCCUCCUUUCGGGGAGCCCUGGUCCUAGCGCCCGCGACCCCCGAGGGCGUGGAGGAGAGCACUCGGCUAUUUUGCAACUCUUUGCCAGUUCCUGUCCAUUGAAGACAAUCUGCUUCAUCUUGAUUCUGCAGCAUUCCAAACUGUGGUAUCCUUGGGGUUCUCUUAACAUUGCUAUGGUGCAGAAGAUUUAAAAUCAGCUGAUGUUCACAAGGAAUAGAGUCACGUGAUGUAUGAAGGGAAACAUAUACACUUCUCUGAGGUUGACAAUAAGCCCUUGUGCUCAUAUAGCCCCAAACUGUGCAAGCAGCGGCGACUCAACGGCUACGCUUUCUGUAUCAGACACGUUCUGGAGGACAAGACUGCCCCCUUCAAGCAAUGUGAAUAUGUGGCCAAAUAUAACAGCCAACGCUGCACCAACCCAAUCCCCAAAUCAGAGGAUCGUAGGUACUGCAACAGCCACUUGCAGGUACUUGGCUUUAUCCCGAAAAAAGAGAGGAAGAAAAAGAAUGAUCCUAUAGAUGAGGUAAAGGUCAGGCACCAGAUGGAUACCAUGGCUUUCAGCCUGACGGUGCCCACGCUGGCCUUGAAGAUGCCCAAUGGACUGGAUGGAAUGUCCCUCUCUCCGCCCGGGGCUAGGGUCCCUCUCCACUACCUGGAAACCGAGUUGGAAGACCCGUUUGCUUUCAACGAGGAAGAUGAUGACCUAAAGAAAGGGGCAACUGUGAGAAAGAAGUUGCAGAGCAAGUUGGCCCAGAAUCGGCAGCGCCAGAGAGAGACCGAGAUUUUAAAAGUUCGACAAGAGCACUUUAGUCCCCCUCCUGCACCUUCACAGCAGCAGCCCCCGCAGCAGCACCCUCACCCGUCACCCUCCCCCACUUCUUUAAAACCUCCGGCGCCGCCGCCACCGCAGGGUUUCGUCUGCAAGUCCCCUCCACCUCCGAACACCAGCCUACCACUGCAGGGAGUGGCCCCCACCACACACACUAUAGCACAAGCAAGGCAGUCGUCUCACAAGAGGCCGCUGCCCCUCCUGCCCUCCGGCAGGGCGCCUGCCGCGGACCCGCCCAGCACUGAUCGGGUCCUUAUGAAAGCCACAGCCUUCUCUCCACACUUCUCCUGCAUCAGCCGACUGCAGAGACUGGUGAGACUGUGCACCCAGAAACAUCAGCUGGACACUGAUCUGUUCCCCCAUCUAGGGUUGGACUGGUCGGAAGAGAGCGGAGAGGAACCGGAGGACUCCGAGCAGGCCUCGCCAUACCAGGUGGCAUGGUCCAUCCGAGAAACCCUCAGAUAUGAAAGACACACGUCAGAUGACGAUGAUACGGAGAGUAGGAGCUCCAGGGUGACCCAACUUUGCACUUACUUUCAGCAGAAAUAUAAGCACCUCUGCCGCCUGGAGCGGGCAGAAUCUCGUCAAAAGAAAUGCCGGCACACGUUUAGGAAAGCCUUGCUGCAGGCGGCCAGCAGAGAACCCGAGUGUACCGGUCAGUUAAUCCAGGAACUGCAGAGAGCUGCGUGCAGCCGAACCAGCAUAAGCCGGACCAAGCUGAGGGAGGUGGAACCAGCAGCAUGCAGUGGAACCGUGAAGGGUGAACAGUGCCCUAACAAAGCCCUUCCAUUCACCAGACAUUGUUUCCAACAUAUCCUCUUGAACCGCUCUCAGCAGCUUUUCUCAAGUUGCACGGCCAAGUUUGCAGACGGACAGCAGUGCUCUGUGCCCGUGUUUGACAUUACACACCAGACCCCUCUGUGUGAAGAACAUGCCAAAAAAAUGGAUAAUUUCUUGAGAGGAGAUAGCUCCCGUAAAGUUCAGCACCAGCAGCAGAGGAAACCCAGGAAAAAAACCAAGCCUCCUGCACUUACCAAAAAACACAAGAAGAAGAGACGGCGUGGACCUCGUCGACCCCAAAAACCCAUUCCCCCUGCAGUCCCCCAAGGGAACCUCAGCAUGCCCACCAGCGUCUCACUGCCAGUGGAGACCGCUCAGAUCCGGAGCCCAUCCACGCCGGAGCUGAGUGCUGAUGAGUUGCCGGACGACAUUGCCAAUGAGAUCACUGACAUUCCACAUGACUUGGAAUUGAACCAGGAGGACUUUUCAGAUGUCCUGCCACGGCUGCCUGAUGACUUACAAGAUUUUGAUUUUUUUGAAGGAAAGAACGGAGACCUUCUUCCAACUACCGAAGAGGCCGAGGAACUUGAGCGGGCCUUGCAGGCUGUCACUUCUCUUGAGUGCCUGAGUACCAUUGGGGUACUUACCCAGUCAGAUGGUGUGCCAGUCCAGGAGCUGUCAGAGAGAGGAAUAGGGGUGUUCUCCACAGGUACUGGAGCUUCAGGAAUUCAGUCCUUGAGCCGAGAAGUAAACACAGACCUAGGGGAGCUACUGAAUGGGCGCAUAGUACAUGAUAAUUUUUCUAGUCUAGAGCUGGAUGAGAACCUGCUCCGUUCUGCUACCUUGUCUAACCCACCUACACCCCUGGCAGGGCAGAUCCAAGGGCAGUUCUCUGCCCCAGCCAACGUCGGCCUUACUUCUGCCACUCUGAUCAGCCAGAGUGCACUUGGGGAGAGAGCCUUCCCAGGACAGUUUCAUGGACUACAUGAUGGCAGCCAUGCCUCCCAGAGGCCACAUCCUGCCCAGCUGCUGAGCAAGGCAGAUGACCUAAUCACCUCACGACAGCAAUACAGCAGUGAUCAUUCACACUCCUCGCCCCAUGGAAGCCAUUAUGAUAGUGAGCACGUGCCGUCUCCCUACAGUGACCAUAUCACCUCUCCCCACACAACAUCUUACUCUGGUGAUAAUAUGGCAGCUACCUUUUCAGCAGAGAUGCCCAUCAUGGCGCAGCACUUGCUCCCAACCCAACUCGAGGUGCCACUUGGAGGAGUCGUGAACCCCAGAACUCACUGGGGCAAUCUCCCUGUCAACCUUGGAGAUCCCUCUCCAUUUAGCAACCUUCUUGGCGCAGAUGGACAUCUUCUUUCCACUUCCCUAUCCACGCCACCCACCACUUCGAACUCAGAGACCACACAGCCUGCCUUCGCCACCGUGACCCCCAGCAGCUCCAGCGUGCUUCCGGGGUUACCGCAGACCAGCUUCAGUGGCAUGGGGCCUUCUGCUGAACUCAUGGCCUCCACCUCUCCCAAGCAGCAACUCCCUCAGUUCAGCGCAGCCUUCGGCCACCAGCUGAGUUCUCACAGUGGCAUUCCUAAGGACCUGCAGCCCAGCCACAGCUCUAUAGCCCCUCCUACAGGCUUCACGGUAACAGGUGCCACAGCUACAAGUACCAAUAAUGCAUCUUCUCCCUUUACCUCCCCUAACUGAGCGUGUCUGUGUGUUUGCAGGCAGGUGGGGAACCUGGUGUUUUCUAUCUUUGUUUCCUGUUGAUCAUCCCUUUCCCCUUUUCCUAAAGAAGAUUUUAAAAAUAACAGAUGGGGACUAGAGGGGAACUCCUUUUUCCAGUUAAACAAGUAACCCUGCAGUGGACCUCGCUUCAGUGUUCACAUGUGCUCCUUUGCACUGGUGCUCAUUCCCUCCCGGCGGGUUCACUCUUACCCCAGUGGUUUCCUUAGUGGCUCAGCACAGUGACUGGAUAGAAUUGAUUUUUAGCAGCAAGUCCUAGAAGUGGAAGAUACCUCAGAUUACCAGUGCCCUUUACUAUUUCCUAGUAUUCAGAUCAAUGCUUUCCAUUCUAUUACCAGGUCUUUACAGAGGUGGUUCUAGAUAGAAUGGUCCUGUUCAUCGAGUUCCUGUGUAAGAGACAGCAAAUGGUGUGUAGGGACAGAUCAAGGCUCUGACUUAGCGCCAACUGCUAAACACCGCACGAGGCCAGGAUUCCAUUCCUAAUUGUGAUCAUGUUCAAUUAAAAAGAAAAACAUUAUUAGUCUUUUGACCGCCUGUGUGUAUGUGUGCGCCCAUGUGUGUGUUUUUGUGCAGGGCAGGAAGCAGCUGUCCCAUGGUUGUUCUUUUUCUUUCUUUCUUUCUUUCUUUCUUUCUUUCUGUUUUUUUUUUUUUUUUCUUUCCUAACGAGCAUAAUAAGGCUCUUACUUCUCCUUUCCCACGUCUCACAACCCUAAUAAGGUUGGUCAUCCUUUCCCACCGAAUUAACGAAGUUUCCCAAAUAGAGAGGGUGGUGGUCUGGUGACGUGAAUUGUACAACCCUCUUCCGCUAAGUUAUCCAAGAACACGAGAAGCUGAAUUCAUGUCAGGGCCGUGGGGAUGUCACAAAAAGCAUGGAGUGACUGCAGGGUUGCUGAGAUUCUGAGGUCUGGUGGUUAUUUUGCCUUUUUAGACAGGUGUUUGUUUCUCCAUCCUCUCUCAUGGAAUACAUUCACGAGAUGUAAUUAAAGACCAUAUUUUGAUGUGAAAAGCAGGCUAGGUCAGAUACGUUUGGAAAGAUGGAGUCUCCGAACUCCUUGGUCCAUCUUUUACUUUUGAAUUUUUCAUGUUUACAGUAGUGAUUCUUUGGUAAGAGUUGUAAAAUGUUGAAGACACUUGUAGAAUCAAUGUGCCAGUUGUGAAGUGACGUGUAAUAUCUGAAGGAUACACAUUUUAAAGUUUCUUUCAAAGCAGAAUAUGGAAAUUAGACCUAAAUUUUACCUACCCUGUUGGUACUUUUAAAACAAUUUAAGUACUUAGAUUUAAGCUGCAGAAAUUUUUUUAAAGUACCGAGAUUUUAGGGUUGAAAAUUAUAUUGGGUAGUUUAGUAAGUUGGUGACUAUGGAAAUGAAUAUGUGAGGUUUCUUUUUACCUGCCUUCUCCCCUGCCCCCUUCCCAAGGGUGGAACUAGAUUUUAAAGUCAUCUGUACUCUUCUGCUUUUGCUGAGAAGUUUCACCAUCCCCUGAGAUACCAUUGGCUAUUUAUACCUGAGUCUAGUCUAAUUUACAUAUAUAUAUUUUAAAAGAUGAGUAGAGAGAACAUAUCUAUUAAUGAUGUGAUAUAAUAAUUCAUUGGUCAGGGAAUAUUUGAUCUGAAUUCCUUUUCAAUAGGUAAAGAUUUGGAUGUAUUUUCCUACUUCCUAUAUGUAUUCUCUUUAUGCCAUGCUAAUUCUAACCAGUUCCCUUCUUUUGAAAGCUUUUCUUUCUCUGCUUUUUAAAGGAAUGAUGGUGAUCAGCAGGCAUUAUGCAGAUGCCAUGCGCCUGAGGUUAUGGAGGGGAAAUGUCCCAUGACUGUAUGAAAUCAUUAUAUGCCCUAUUUUGUAUUUAUUGAAGUUUCUUUUUGUGGGCCAAAAAUAUGUUUGUAAUAUAUUUAGUUUUUUUUUUAAUCAUGAUAAUUGAUUGGAAGAUUUAUUUUUUAAUAGCUUUGCCUUUUUUGCAGAUUGAGAAAUUUCUAAAUUAUAAAUUAUGUCACAAAGCAAAAUUAUAUUUGGUAUCACCAUAAAUUUCUAUUCUGAACGGUGAGAGCAGAUAAUUUGAAUAUUUCUCACCUGUGAACCUAUGUUAGUAAGCUUUUUUAUUUUAAUGUACUGUAAUGAAAUGAUGAUGAGUAGUUACCUCUGCUCAGAAGUGUCAUUUAGUUUGCUCCAGUCGUUUCGCCUCCCAUUCUAAUCCUCGCCGGAUAACUGUCCAUUCCCAGCAAUUUGGUCUAGUCUCCAUCGUGUACUAAUCCAAGGUUGUACCAGAGCAGGACACUAUCUUAUCGGCCCCCUUCUUUGACAGCAAAGGGAAAGUCAUGGGGAGUCGGUUUGAACUUUUCUGGCUAUUUGUCCCUCGUGGUAGCUGCUUAAAAUUCUUCAGUUAUCAAAACUGAGUUUGCAGUAAGUUGCACAUUUUAUUGUUCGCAAUUUUCUGUUUUGUGUGCAUUUAAAAGCCCUUUCCUGCUUUCUAAUAAGGAGGCACGAAAUGAUCAGGAAUGUUGCCAGUUACAGCUUCACACCAAAAACUUUUGAGUAAAUUCAUUUUUGUUUAGACGCCCACAGUGAUAGCUGAAGAAAGGGCACCCGUAGAAAGUACCAGUGUAGGUUUGAGGAAUUAGCAAAAAACAAAUUUGUCCUCUCAUUUCAUCUACUGCAAAACAAAUAUCCAAGCUGGCAAUUUGCUUUGCCCUUGCGGUUUCUUGCGAGUCCCUUUUUGGAAGACAGAAGAACAUCUGUGAACCCAGAGACACCUGUUACGUUUUUCUUUUAGCUGAUAUAGAGCAAUUCUCGUCUAUCAGUAGUAGGUUUGCUGUUAAUGUGUAGAGGAAGGAAUGAAUUGUCUUUUCCUCCAGAAACAGGAAAAUUAGUGUCUUUUAAAUAGCACUUACACUAUACUAUAAUAAGGCAAUACUGGAAUCAAAAACAGAUUGUAUGUAAGGUCCUAAUUAGGUGGAAGCUAGCUUUUUAUUCUAGGGUGAAACUCAUCAGAAAUAGUGGCAGAGAAGGGUCACUCUAUUUCUGCAGUUCUUUGGGACCAUUUAUAAAGGCCAGUUAGAUUGUGUUAAUGUGAUUUAAUUUACAGAGUUGCUGCAGUUAAUGGAUACAUUCUGUGCUCUGAGAAUCUGAAGUCCAUUCUAACGAAUGAUACUCACUGGCUGUGAUCUAUAGCAUCCGAAGAAAAGAUGUGUUUUCUCUCCUUUACUCUCUCUACAUAAUUGUUAAUAUUAUUUUAAUUAAAGUACUUAAGACAUUGUUUUUUUCUCUGUAAAAAUGGCUUAGUAAUUUGCACAUCUGCGUAGGUUAUGUAGCUAGUAACAAUUCACAAUAGUAAAUAGCAAUUACACUUAACCCACCAAAUGACAGACUAUGCAAUGGAAAAAUUUUGUAAUUAUCGUCACAAAGCUUAUAUGGUGAAGGAUUUUUUUUUUCCCCCUCUAGUAACCUACCACGUGAGAUAGAACUGCUUUAUAAGUGACUUCCUGAGCAAUUUCAUGCUGGCAGGCAGUGCGGUGUGUCUAGUGUCCCUCCAUGAAAAGAUUAUAAUUUCAUAAGAAGCAAAUAGUAGGUAUGGAGAUAAAGUUGGAAGAUGUGUUUCUUUGUUUUCUUUUCCUUAAGAUUGUAGUUACUGUCUUGAGUGGUGUCAGGCUAAAGAAAGCUAAUCCUUUAUCUUUGCCAAAUAAUUAUUUAUAAGAUUUAUUUCUUCAAUAAGCCCAUUUAUUUCUUCGAUAAGCCCAAUGUCUCAACUGCGAGCUAAGCCUCCUCACUUUCUGUGACUAACACUAAAAGCUAUUCCUUAUCAGAGCUCGUUCUCAGGCCACCAUCGCAACCCAGAGGCAAAGAGAGUGCUUUGAUUUGGAAGGAAACGGUGUCUGUGAUACGUGCCCGAUCUGUAACCUUUCUUCUUAGGUGAAAGAAUUUCUGUUUCUGUUGACCAAUAUACCAUUCAGUUUUUUGUGUUUUAAGUAGGCUCCACACCCAACAUGGGGCUCGAACUCACAACCCUGAGAACACAAGUCGCAUAUUCUACCGACUGAGCCAACCAAGCACACCCCCUUCCAUUCAGUUCGUUGUUAACUUGCGCCCUUACGUUUGUCGUCCUUCCUGCCCCCUUGCGAGGGGUUCUGGGGCUGCAUCAGCAGUGUUUGAGGCGGUCGCCCUUUCUCCGAGUUAGUUCAGUAGGUUGUUGUGGACUGGUAUUGCAAAAAGAUGAAGAUAUUGAUAACACUAAACUAAUUAUUUAAUCAGUUUCGACUGCAUUUGAAAAAUUUUUUUUUAGGUAGCUAGUUUUCAGGUUCUUCAACCUCUUUCUUUUUAGCCUUUUAACAUUCUACUAAGUUGUGUUUUUAAUCUGUCUUAUGUGGAAUAAUCUGAUCCAGUGGUCUUCUAAAUGGUCAGCAGAACUCUGCAGUUGAAUGAGGCAGUUUAAAGGAUUCCUUAAAAGAAAAUGUAGUCAUACUGAACAGUCUUCAUCUGUAUCUUUUAAACCGUCACUAACACCUACAUCACUCCAAGCAUUUUUUUUCCCGAUGAGAAAUACAUUUCUUGGUGAGGUGGGAGGUAGAAGUAUACAUGUGAUAGAACAUCGAUUUUUUUCCCCCUCUCGCAAUACAUUGAAAAUACGGAAUCUUCACUGGCAUUCUAUAGAAAGGUAAAACAGUUUAAUGACUUCUUAAUAUCUUGAGCCUUAUAAGUGUUCCAAUAUCAUACCCUGGAGGGAACAAGAAUCCAUGUUUAGUAGAUUAAAGUAACAUUUUAAAUGCUAUCUUUCAAAAAAUUUGACAUAAAAUACCAGUGAAGAACAUAUUUGGGUAUCUGUUAAGCAUUUCCCCCUGACUAGUGAGUUAGGAAAGAAAACCUAAAACACAAGUGAAUAAUUCUGUCUCCUAGUAGCCAGUGUCAUUAAUGCAAAAAUUGCGGGGCCGACUUAGCCUCAUUUCUCAAUAGCAAAAAUUCUCGUUCCCUUCACCUCUGAUUUCUGUCAGCUUUCCCCUCUCUGCACGGUGAUCAACAGAGCCAAUAAAGGACACGUGGCAUUUCGGAGAGAGAGCAAAUUUGGUGUGACUUUCUUGACCAUAAACUAGGUUCCCAAGUCUUGGGAAUGUCUGACUACUUUGAGUGGCGGAGUUUUUUGGUGAUCUAAAGUUGAGUCUGAAAAAGAAUGUUGCAAGAGAAAAGCUUUCUAACUCUUGGUAAGCUCUGUAGGGCAGCCCAGCUUUCCUCCCCUCUUCCCUCCUGCCUGCCUGCCUCCGCCUGCCCCCAGUUCUCAAGUAUGCACACGUACAGCCUGAUCUGUCCUGAUCGUGGCCUGAGAGUACUAGAAGCUGCCUCUUGACUUUUCGUUUGUUCUUACUUGUGUGUUUAAGCUGGGGACCACUGAAGUAAGCUCUAGAUGCACCCAAAGUUCCCCUUGGAAAAAAUGUCAGUAUGCAGUGCUGAAGGUUCCAGUGCAGCUAGACGCCACACCAUUGCUUUUGCUCGGGGACUAGACUGAUUUGCCCUGAAAGGACUCCACCCUGCCUGGUUCGGGCCCAGUGGGCUCCAGCAGAUUAGCGUGGAAGUGACAGGAAAUCUGGUGCUUGGAACAUUGUCUUCAUCUGCUCAGAAGGGUUGGAAUCAGUUCCUCGGCACAGUGAUCGUUCUUUUCGCUGUACAGUGUUGAGUAUGUCUCAGGGAUUCCUUGUGGAAAUUAGGGCAGUUUUUAAAAUAAGAAAAUAGUUUUAAAAGAAACUAAAGGUGACUCACCAUUGAAGAGAGCGCAAGAAAGAAAACAUUUGGUUUCAUAGCCCGCCGUGUCUUGCGUAGGACUCUUCCUUUUCUCCUUCAGGCUCUCCUCCGCUUCAGCAAACAGUCCUUUCCCACCACGCACAGCUUUAAAAGUUUUAUUUAAAAAUUUCCUUCCCCGAUGAGCUUUCAGAAUACUUAUUGUAGAUUUUAAGAGAAAAGGUAUAUUAAUUUAUACUAUUAACAUCACCUCAUAAAUUAUAAGUUUUAUACUAAAGCUGUAUUGAGUGUAAUGAAUUAUGUUGCCUAUGUGUUUUAAUAGCUUAAAAAAUUAUAUAUGAGCUUUUUUUUUUUUUUUUUUUUUUUUUUUUGACAAAACAAACUAGUGAAGCACCUUUUUACACUGGAUCUCUGCCGUGUCAAGGUGUAUAGCUAUCCUUUGCUACCUUGCAGAUAUAUAAAAUAAAAGGAUAUCCUGGGGCCUCAAAACGUAGAACACCUUUAGACCAUUUAUUACUGCUCAUAGAACUGUUGGGCGUCGUGUUUCUUUAGUAACUGAUCUGUGGUUUACACUUCAGAUGGCUAGAAGCUUAGUUACAGGGUAAAUAGAAAUACAUAGAUCAAGCAAAGCUCCCAACUACUGUAGCUGGAAUUUGUAAACUUAAGUUUUUAAGACCUCCUUUAUUUCCUAUGGAUUUAUUCUUUAAUUUACAGUUUAUUCUGUAAGUUGGGAAGUAAAAUAGAGAAAAUAAUAAGUCUAGAUGUUCUCAGUGUCUUAUUCAGGAACUUUUUAUCCCUCCUCACUAAGGAAUUCCCACUGUGACUUAAAAAUAGAAUUAAAUUACUCGUGUGCAUGUCUCUGUCUGUGUUUUUACACACAUGCAAAAAUAUACAUUGGGGGGGCACGUGUGUGGGAGAGGUGAAUGUGUGCUUAGGUGAAAAUAGAGGAAGGUAACAGAAUGUAUUGUAGAAAUAUGACUAUUUAGAGGGGGCUAUCAGAGUUAUUUUCUCAUUGUCUCCGUAGUAUAAAUACACCAAAUUCUUCAUUAUGCUAUCUUAUGUUAAAAGGCUAUCUCUGAUAUCAUGUGCAUUUUCUUUUAACUUUUGAUUAACUUAUAUAUUACGCUAUGUUUUUAAAAUGACGUGAGAAACAGCAGGUUCUAAGACCAGCCUCUCACCUUUGAGCAUAAAAAUUAGAGAGAGAAAGAGAGAGAGAGAGAUGCAAACCCAGACGUGAGCUGUGUUUAUCUACUGGGGUGAUGGGACCAGAUCCGUUGAACCUUUCUUUAUGUUAAUAAUAGAUCUCUUCAUAUUCUAAGUUAGAAAAUCUUGAACAUCUUUUCUUGGUAAAGUUAAGGAAAGUAUAGGCUCUUUUUAAAGAAUGCCAUUUUUUGAAGGGACUGCUUUGUUGAAAGAGUUGGUGGGAUCAUUUCACCAUGCAUAUUUCAAAGCUGGGAUGAUUUUAGUUAUCUCCAAAAAUCAAAAAAUUUUUUUUUUUUUUUUUACUCAUUUGUGCUCUUACUUAUGAAGUGAGUGUGCCCCCAGCCCCCGUAUUUUGGUUACAGGAAAAAUUAUGCUACCCUUGACUUUUACCUGAUUCAUAGGGAAUUUAAAAAAGAUACAUUCCUAUAGUUUGAGUUUUGUCAUUUUGCCAUACAUUAAUUACUGGAGUAUCUGAUGGUCUCAGAUAGCCCAAACUAGAGUUGUUAUUAAGUGCUCCAAUCACAUUUAUAUUUAAUAUUAAAAAAAAAUCAUGUACUUUGAAAUAUGUCAAAACAACUCCUGAUACUACACCUGAAUUUGUAGUUCUCUUUGAAGCCUCAUUCAUCUUAGGUAUAGUCAAGACCUAGGAGAGCUUUACAUGUCGUUCCUUUUAUAGUUGUAUUUCUGCAUCUCCCAGUUUCAUUCACUCUUGCUUUAUGGAUUAAAAAAAAAAAAAAUCUGCAUAUUUCUUGUACAUAUGCAUGCAAAUGAAAGAAGGGGGUUGGUUUCGGUGCCACUCCUCCCUUCAGUUACUGGUUAAUGGGAUUUGCUAGAAUAAAUUCCCCCUGAUUGAAGGGUGAAAAUAGACCCUUUUGUGUAUAUCUGUACAGAGAUGUGUAUAUGGGAUGUGGUGGCACUUUGCUGAAUGUGAACUUGCCUUGUUAAUGGAAAGAUUGAAAAGUAUUAUGUUUAUUUAUACAUUUGUAUAAAUCUAUAUAUACACGUAUGUAUAUGUGUGUGUAUAGAUAAAGCUAUAUACAUAUAUUUCCUUAAAUGUGUGUGUGUAAUAGAUAAACAGCCUUUGUGAAGCAAGAUUAUCCGUCCCUGGAAAACUCUGGGUUAUUCUGUAAGCAAGAGGAGGUGACAGUCUAGAGUACAUUAUCAGUGCAUCCUAAGACGGAAGUCCUUUGGAUGAUAGUCUUGUUCAUGGUUAUCAUAAGUGAAUUCCUGCUAGAACUAUUCUUACUUUCCAGUUCCACUAUUCUUCACCUUCAUGCCUUCUCCUAUCCAAGUACUAACCAGGCCCGACCCUGCUUAGCUUCUGAGAUCAGACGAGAUCGGGCGCAUUCAGGGUGGUAUGGCCGUAGACUUUCACUGCCUUCUAAAUCAGUCUCUCAUCACACUUCAUUUGGUACUUCCCCCCCCCCCCCCCAUUAUGGCCUUUCUAGCCAGAAGCAUUUGGCUUAAGCAUAUUUCAUUAACUCCUCAGUUGUUUCUUUUAAAGAUCUUACGCUCUUAAAUUUUCCAGAAGAUGUAAGUUUUGGUAAUAGUUUCUAGAGUAGUUUUGAGGAUUGGGCAUUCGUCUUUGUCUCAAAAACGAGCAAACCAAGAGUCAAACAAAACGCAUUUGAAAGUUUUACCUAGAUAAUUUUGGGACAUUUUACUCACAUUGGCAAAGAACAUAAUUACGAUUUUAUUAAUUGAUAACAGUGUUAGGUUUAUUUUCUCCUUUACCGUCAUCAAUUUGUCACUUAAAAAUUUGGUUUACUUUGUGUUUUAGCCACAAAUUUGCCAUUUUCAUUUUUCAUGGAAAGCGUACAAAGCACGCAUAUGCCUCUUGAAUUCUCUAACUCCUUUUACUCAUGAUGAAACUGCUUUAAUGAAUUCUUACGUAAUGAGUUUUGCUGUAUUUCCUCUUGACUUUUUUUCACGUUGGUGACAUUCUGUUUUAACUUUGCUGCAGCUCUCUACAACACUUGCAUCCCUAUAUAUUGUGCCUUUAAAGCUCUUAUGCACACACAGACAAAAGUGUAUAUAUACAUGUUGGAGCAUGUGUACAUAUACUUUCGUAUAUACUCACACAGUAUGUCUCAUAUAUUGUGGGAGUGGAUAUAUAGAUAUUCAAAGGCAAUGAAAUGUUGCUUUCCAGAUAUAUAUGUAUAUAAAUAGUGUUGAUAUACUGUAUAUACACAUGUAUAUGUAUGAGUUUUAAAUGGCAAUCUUUUACAUUUAGCAAAAUGCUGCCCCUACUGGAAUAUUGUCACUGCAGUGGCAGUUGUAUGUAAUGAUUUAAAAUACAUUAUCGAAAAUUAUUUAAAAGAACAUUUAAAAGUCUCAUCUAAAGACAUCCACACAUUAUUUAUUUAUCUUCCUUUUCCUUUUUAUUGUUACUUUUUUUUUUUUUUUUAACCGAAAGGGAGACUGUCAUUUUUUAAAAUGCCAUCUGUCCCAUAGGAGAAAGAGAGAGAGAGCUGGAGAUUCACUUGAGGAACCUUGUGCAUUUUUCCUCUCUCUCAAAUGGAGAUGUACCACAAACCAGCCUGUUUAUUUCAGUUAUAAAGCAAUCCUAACAUUUCCAUUAGUGUAUGUCAUCCACCAUCUUCUGGACCAACUUAAUUCGCCAGUCUGCCUCUUCCUUUCAUUAAUAAGUAAUGAUCACUGAGAUCAUUUUGCCUGGGGGGGAAGUUAACUACUCUCUAGCUGCAGGGAAUUAUAUCACCUAAUUGUUAUUCUGCCUUGUUCAAAAUUCAACUUUGAGGGAAGGCAGCGCUCCUGAAGCUGUCUUGAGCAUGUUUUGCAUUUAUUUACUUAAAAGGUCUUCCCAGACACUUUUUUUUUCUUUUUAAAAGAGCUCCAAGUCUGCAUGCACUUGCCAUAGAUUUCUUAUUCCCCACAACUUCAGGUGUUUUCAUUAGUAUAUCAAUUUGACACGCCGAAUGACAGACUAUUAAGGAAAAAAACGUGGAAUAUUUUAUUUUGUGAUGAGUUGGCAGCAGAUUACAUUUCAAGACCUCACAGAGAUAGGAACAUAAACAUAGAUGGACAAUCCUCCAUUGUAAGACGUUACAAAAAACGCAAAAACAAAAAACAGUGGAUUGAGAGUUCCCCUGAACACUAAAACAGAGAGGUUGGGGUUUGAGGGAUUUCAUGGAAUAGUUUAGCUGGAACUUGAUAUCAGAAGCAGCCUUUAACAGAAAGCCUCUUGGCAAUUGUAUGGUACUAACUGGAGUCCUGAGGUGUGAAUUGAAACCAAGUUGCAGUGGGAAAUCAGAGGUGAGGUGGUAACAUCUUUGAAUCCAGUAAGUGACAGGUUGCACAGUUGUAAAAUCUCUUCUUACCAAGUAACUGCACGGUAGCAAGGACUAGCGGUUCUCAAAGCCCUUCUUUUUCAGUGUUCUCAUUCACCUUGGCACACAAGUAUGUUUAACAGGCCAUACAUUAAAACUAUUUACAAAAAAAAAAAAAAAAACCUGCUUAAAGGGAACUUACAAACUGAGAAUCUUCUAUUUGCAUGAAUAGUGGCUAGAAGCUUAGUUAUAUGCACAAAAGCUAAGGGGCCACUCGUUUCUGCACAGACUAUAGGAGCAAGAUGAGGAGGUUGGCAGGUUUGGGUAAGAGCCCCACCCCCCCACCCCCAUCCCCCUGCUGCCCAGUUCUAACGGAAAAGCGUAUCUAUGGCAUUGAGUAUGGUAUUGCUGGGGGGUGGGGGUGGGAACCACAUUUUGGGAGGCGAUGGGCUUUUGGUUUGUAAUUUCCCUUUAAACAUGAAGAGAUGGCUCACAUUUUCCAUAUAUAUCUCAAUGAAUGUACUGUAUUACUGUUUUAAAAAUUUGAUGAAAUAAUAAUGGAUUGGUCUCCUUUUGUUAUCUGGUCCUUGUUUAAUUUGUUUAAGGGUUUUUGUAUACAAAAGUUUACAUUUUUAUGUAUAUUUUUCUUGUGUAAAAACUGAUGUAAUAUGUGUAUAAAACACUGUAUGUAUUAUCUGUAUAUAGUGUGACAAAAUGAUUUUUCUUUCUUUCUUUUGGAUGUAUUAAUAAAUCUUGCUGUGAAGUA